AUGUCAAAGCUGGUAUCUGAAUUACGUCAAUUUAGGCAAGAAGUAACCGAAGUGAAGCAACAAAACUUGGAAAUAAGAAAACACAUGUCCUCAAUUUUAGACACUUUGAGUAACACUCUGAAAGAGCAUUCCAAGAAGCUACACGACGCACAAUUGGAAAUUGUAGAUCUCAAAGUGACUAUUGGGCAUCUUCAACAACAAAUUGCUACACGCGAACAGGACGUUUUGAGAAACGAUGUUGAGAUUUCUGGAAUCACGGAACAGCCGAAUGAAAAUCUUUAUCACAUAGUUAUAACGGCUUCGCAGAAAAUAGGAGUUGAGCUGUCAGAAAACGAUAUUGCAGACGUCAUUAGAGUAGGUCCGAAAAUUCAAAGAUCUGUGAAUUCUGAACAAAACAUUGCAGUACAGCGUCUAAUAGUUCUGAAGUUGAUGAGAAAACGAAAACAUGAUGAGUUGAUUAAUGCUGCAAAGUCCAGGAUAAACUUAACAUCCGAAAACGUAGUGUAUGGUCAACCAACAAAAAUAUACUUUAAUGAAAGACUUACGAAAGAAAAUCGCCGGUUAUUUCGUGAGUCUAGAUUACGUGCAAAAGAAUAUGCAUUUCGCUUUACCUGGAUUCGAAAUGGCGGUAUUUACGUUAGACGAGACGCCGGGACGCCGGCAAUUAGGAUUUCAUCACUGCACGACCUGGACCAAAAAGUCGGCAUUCCUAAACCUUCAGAAGAGAACUACUCAUCGGGACCUUAUGAUAAAUAA